AGCGCCGCCACCAUUAUCCGUCCCCGCUCCGAAAGUCGCUUCCCCGCCUCCCUGCCGGAGCCGGAGCCGGAGCCCGGGCGGCGGCGGGGCGCGGAGCGCCGGAGGAAGUGCGGGGUGAAAAAGAAAGAGAAACAGGCGGGCAGGGCUCGCCCGGCCGCGGCGGAGCGGCCAUCUCGGCUGGGAGCGGGGCCGCAUCCAUGGAGUUACCGGGCGGGUGCUCCUGAGGAGGGCCCGGGCGGCGCGGCCCCGGCAAUGACACCGGAUUGAGCCGCCGAGGGGGCUCUCCCGGCCGGGGACUGCGGGAGCAUCCCCCGCCCCCGCCUCCUCCCGCCCGUCACCCCAGAGACCGGCGCAACUCCGGGCGGACACUCUCCUGGCCAAGAUGGAAGAAAAACGACGCAAGUACUCCAUCAGCAGUGAUAACUCAGACACCACUGACAGUCACACCACAUCCACCUCCAGAUGCUCCAAAAUUCCGAAUACCAAAUCCCCCUGGUCACGGCAGAAGGAGAAGAAGCCCUCUGAGGUUUUCCGCACGGAUCUGAUAACGGCCAUGAAGAUCCCUGACUCCUUCCAGCUGAGCCCUGACGAGUACUACGUCCUGGCUGAUCCCUGGAGGCAGGAGUGGGAGAAGGGUGUCCAGGUGCCGGCAAGUGCCGAGGCCAUCCCUGAGCCUGUGGUCAGGAUCAUCCCCCAGCUGGAGAGCUCCCUUUCCCAGGUUUCACCGAGCAGCCUACCUGGCUCUGAGAUUUCGGAAGCCACAAGGACUUACUUGCAAGGAAUGAGCCGCUAUGACCUGGACGAGCUCGAUGCCUGCUGGUUGGAGCUUGUUAAUAUGGAGCUCAAGGAGAUGGAAAAGCCCGAGCUGGACGAGAUCACCCUGGAGCGAGUGCUGGAGGAGCUGGAGACCAUGUGCUACGAGAACAUGAACAUCGCCAUCGAGACCGAGGAGGGCCUGGGCAUCGAGUACGACGAGGACGUGGUGUGCGACGUGUGCCGCUCGCCCGAGGGGGAGGACGGCAACGAGAUGGUGUUUUGUGACAAGUGCAACGUCUGCGUGCACCAGGCGUGCUACGGCAUCCUGAAGGUCCCCAUCGGGAGCUGGCUGUGCCGGACCUGUGCCCUGGGAGUUCAGCCCAAGUGUCUGCUGUGCCCCAAGAGAGGGGGAGCGCUGAAGCCCACGCGGAGCGGGACGAAAUGGGUCCACGUUAGCUGUGCCUUAUGGAUUCCUGAAGUUAGCAUUGGAUGUCCUGAAAAAAUGGAACCCAUUACGAAGAUCUCACAUAUCCCAGCAAGCAGAUGGGCUUUGUCCUGCAGCCUCUGCAAGGAGUGCACUGGGACAUGUAUUCAGUGCUCCAUGCCCGCCUGCGUCACCGCGUUCCACGUCACCUGCGCCUUCGACCACAACCUGGACAUGCGGACCAUCCUGGCAGACAACGACGAGGUGAAGUUCAAGUCCUUCUGCCUCGAGCACAGCAGCGGUGCCACCAAACUGCCCGAGGAGGCACGGACAGAGCCCGACCAAGCCCAGCUGGACUUGGAGAAGGUGACGCUGCGGAAGCAGAAGCUCCAGCAGCUGGAGGAGGACUUCUAUGAGCUCGUGAAGCCCUCGGAGGUGGCGGAGAACCUCGACCUGAGCGAAUCGCUGGUGGAUUUUGUCUACCAGUACUGGAAGCUGAAGAGGAAAGCAAAUUCCAACAAACCGCUGCUGACACCAAAAACGGACGAAGUGGACAACUUGGCUCAGCAGGAGCAGGAUGUUCUCUACCGACGCCUAAAGCUCUUCAUGCACCUCAGGCAAGACCUGGAGAGGGUAAGAAAUCUCUGUUACAUGGUGACGAGACGGGAGAAAAUGAAACACACCAUUUGUAAGCUGCAGGAGCAGAUCUUCCAUCUCCAGAUGAAGCUCAUAGAGAAGGAUCUCUACCCAGAACAAACUGGGAAGAGGACAAAGGGUAAGAAAAGUGACCCGAGAAGGAAAGGAAGAGAUGGUAGAAAAAAUAGUCCUGAGAAGACAGAGAAAAGGAAAUCAGUCAACGAAACUGUAUUGGGACAACUGGGCUUGUCAACCUCCUUCCCCAUCGACGGGACCUUCUUCAACAGCUGGCUGGCGCAGUCGGUGCAGAUCACCGCGGAGAACAUGGCCAUGAGCGAGUGGUCCCUCAACAACGCCCACCACGAGGACAGCACCCCCGGCCUCUCCGAGGAGCUCCUCCAGGACGAGGAGACCUUGCUGAGCUUCAUGAUGGACCAUUCCCUCCGGUCCCCGUUCAGGCAGAGCGAGGCCACAAAGAAAGUGAAAAGCAGAACGAGAACGAACACUAAGAAAAAGCUGCCGAGGAGCAGCCCCCCCGCCGUGGGCGGGGGCCACCCGGAGGGCUCGGAGCCCUGGACUAACAACGCCAGCAGCUUGUCGGAUGAUCCCGCCAAGCCCUUCGCUCUGGAUUCCAGGCCGAGCAAGUCGGAGAAAGGGGCGGCGAAGCUUCCCAGCGACCGCAGAGGGACGGGCGAGGCCAAAAGGGCGGCCAAGAAGGGCUCUCUCCAGAAAGCCAGCGAGCCUCACCCCCCUGCCGGGACACGGGGCUGCGUCAGCAGGGAGGAGGAGGAGGAGGAGGAGGAGGAGGACGCCGCCUGCGCUCAGCCCGAGCCCAGCCCCGCGGCCAAAGUGCCUGACUCCGUAGGUAGCCCCAAAACCAUCGUGCGGUUCAAAUUACCAAAGGAGAGCCGGGGGGCGCGGCGCUCGCAGCCCCCCAAGCCCGAGGGCGCCGGCGGAGCUCCCCUGCGUCGCUUCGACGCCGACACGGACGGCUACUUCUCCGACGCCGAGAUGAGCGACUCGGACGGGGAGCCCCGCGGCGGCCGGGCCCAGCGGGGCCAGCUGGACGCGGCCGGCGAGGACAUCGUCAGGAUGAGCAUCCUGGCGUCCUAACUCCUCCCGCCGCCGCGCCGGCUCCUCGAGGCCUCUUCAACCCAGUUCCAACUGCCAUGUCCGAUUUCUGCCUGGUGUCACGGCGAGGGGGGUUUUUAAUGUGUGUAUAUAGUUGGAAGUUCGGCACUGUUGUCUUUCUCUUCUCGAUACGCCUGAGAUACAGCUUCAGCUUCACCGCCAUCGAUGACUGUGACAGCAGUGGUCCCUCCCCGGCUCCCUGCCAGACCCCGCUCCCCAGGAACGCGAGCCGGCGCCCGGCAGGACCGAUGCCGAGGGUGCCCGGAGGGUGGAGGGUGCCGGUACCUGUGCUUUCUGCAGGGGAUGACAGUUCAAUUAACGGGCAUUAUUUAAUGAGGGGCAGGUUCCUGCCCGGGACGGUUGCCCUCAGAGCAGGGAGCGAGCAGAGGGUCCGGCAGUGACCAGCUGUGGGAGGGGAAAUUCCCGCCCGUGUGUGUGCGGAGACGAGGAAGCAAAAUCAGCGAUACUAAAAUAAUUAAUGACUAAAGCACAAAAAAGCUUGUUGGAGGAAAACGCUUGGGGUGGAGGAGAGCGAUGUUGCAUUUCUAGUUUUAGAGAAAAACACCCCUCGGUCUUUAUUUUUCCCCUCACCUUUCCAUCGGGUUGGGAUCCGUCCAGGGGCCAGGAUGCAAAAUUUAUUGCCCCCAUCCCUGCCCCCGUUGAGGUCGUUAGAAAAACCGAAGUGAUUUACUCAGGUGCAUGGAUCAGCUGGCAGCAAGCUGGAAAAUGGAAACGUGGGGCAGGGUGGAGGAGAAGAGCAUCCUUUAAAACCACCGUGGAGAGUCAGGGUUGGUGUAACCUGGGAAGUUGAGCGAUCUUUUUCUGCCCGUGGUCCCACCAUGCCGGGCCGGCACGUUUGCAAUCCCCUUUGCACACCAAAACGAUGGCCCCGAGGCCAAACGUGCCAUCACCGAGGGGAAAAGGCAACCCUUGGCAUCACCGUUGUGUUUUCCUACCAAAUGCUACAGUGGAAAUGGUGAAUUUAUUCCUCUCCAUCCUUUGGGUUUGUUUUUUUUUAUUCCCUAAAUCCUGGUUACAAGCUGUUGACUCGUUGUGGAGGGGUGAUUCACAGAAGCUGACAUUAUAAAUAUUACAAUAAUUUAAUGCAUAAAAUGUCCCCAAUAAGCCUUAAAUGUUGUUUAAAAGCCCAUGUUACCUAUAAGUCAGGCGAAUUUCCAUGUUUGCACUUAAUUGCACCAUUACUUCGGUUUUGGCUUCAAAGGUCACAGUUAAGUCAUGCUACGUGUUUUAUUGGAGUGACCCCAGUGUGAGCUCAGGGAACAAAAAAAAAAAAAAAAAAGGAAUUCACUGAAACUUUUGUUGUUGUUGUUUUUUAAAAAUAAAAAAUGUUAAAAAAACUAAAAAAAAAAAAAAAUCACAAACAAAACCAACCCAAACCUGGGACACUUCUGCAACCGGUUAAACCCAUCACUAAACAAACAAACCUUGCAAUUGUCAAACCAAUCAGUCAAAGAAUUUUGUGGAUGCCAAAGAAAUAUUUUGACAGUCAAGCAGCACAGCCAGAAACCGGAAACUUGUCACUAUGAAAAAAAUAAAAAUUGGAAGUUAUUUUAGCAACCAAGGACUAAAGACACACUCAUACCACACUGCUGCGGCGUUAGGUUCCAAGCUUGCUCCGAGGGAUGCUGCUGCUCCGAGACCGCAUCCUGCCGUUUUGGUUUCCGAUGCUUUUUGCUCAUUUCACUGUGAGCUUUCUUUUUGAAACUCUGAGACUCUUCCGAUCGGUGUUUUAGAGUAGAUCAUCUUUAAUCAGCCUUCCAAAGUCCUUAUUGUUGGUCAAAUUGCAGCCCAGCUGAUCCCAGGCACGGCGGCGGCUCCGGGUGGGAGUGCCCAGCCCUGCCCACGCCCAACACUCACCCGGCUGAGACUUGACCGUGCCUGGGGAGGGAUCUUCCUCAGGUGGGAAAAAUGUGACACAAGUUAUUAGUGGGGGGAAAAUAGGGGAGAAAAAAAAUAAAAAAAAAAGGAAAACAAAACAAAACAAAAAACGGCAAAAAACCAACAAAACGGGAACCACCUUUGUUAUAAAUUAGCAUAAUCCACUGAGGUUGGAAAUGAAAAUCUGCUCAUUAAUUAAGGCUCAGUAUGUUCGGAUAAUGUUAAAUACAGUAAAUAGGACUUAGUUUAUCUUAUCAGGCUUGCUAGCUUUAGCUCCAGUAUCCUAGUAUAAGAGUCAUAACAAUAAUCAAUAUGCUGCCUUUUAAUGAAUCUUGCUUCCGUGUGCUUCACUCAAUUAUGGUUAAAAAAAAAAGCAAUCCACAAAUUUCGCUGUACACAGCUCCAUUCAUCAGCUUCUGCACUACUUGUCUUCUCAGUACAGGAAAGCAAAAAGGGGGGCACUUUAAAGAACAACCAACCCUGCACCACCAGCACCGGGCAAUAAACCAGUCUGAAACACUCCCAAAGCAUCAGGCAUCGUGUUUUGCCAUCAUUUAGGUGGGGAAAGCUGAGGGGGGCUGGUGGGGCAAAGGGAGAAGAAUGGGAUGGUGGGAAUAGAGAGGAGGAAAGGGGUUGGUGGGAUGGCCGUGGUCACCCCAGAGCAUCCCCUGCCUGGUGCGUCCUCGGAGCGGGGGAAUCUGGUGUUCUGGAGAGAAAAUGCACAAGGAAAAUAUUUUUGAUGUUAAUGUAAAUGUAUUUUGAAAUGAAUAGAAAGAAGAAGAAGCAGAAAAAAAAAAAGGUUUAUUUUAGUAGAGAAAUGUUGUCUUUUAAGAUGUAUAAACUGCAGGAAUCGACAUUUGCACUGUAAGAGCACCUGUUUCCUUGGAGAAGCAGCAGCUGUUGAGGUGAGGAUGCACAAGGCAUCAUGCCCUGAUGGAGCACAGCCCCACACCAGACCCAGCCCUGAUGGCUGUGGGAGUUUCCCAAGGACAACUCCCAUUUUCCCCACACCCAUCUUUCAGUUUUAUUUUUCCUUUCCAUUUUCUUGUUUUUUUGGUUUUUUUUUCCACUUGCACCUGUUUUUUGGGGUUAGGAUGCCUGCUGUCCCACGGAGCCCGCCCCGAGGUGGGACACACAGCACAGCUGGGUGGGAUGCAGGAUGCAGGAAGAUGAUGCUGCUGCAGGGCAGGCCGUGAGGUUUGGUUGUUCUUUAAGGAAAUCCCCCCCCAGUUUGCACCAUUCCACAUACAAAACAACCCACUUCACAUCAGUUACAGGAAACGAUAUGAAUGUCGCAGGAGGAGAAACCCUUCUGUUUUCUUUGUUUCAAAGAACGUGAUGUGCCAUUUGUUAAUACAAAAGAGAACUAUUGAAAAUAUAUUGAAAAGAGCAAUUUUAAAUUAUUUUUGGCUUAUGUUGCAAUAUUUAUUUUCUUGUAUUAGAAAUUCCUUUGUAGAGAAAAAAUGUAUUUUUCAUUAAUGCAAAAACCUAUUUCUCCUUUUUGUACAUUUUCCAUGUUAGUUAAUCCUUAAAGCAAUAUAAUGUUAUCAAACUCGUUCUGUGUGAGACUGUAUUAUGCAUGCUAUUUGUGUUGCCUUGGAAUAGCUCUGUCUGCCAUUAUUUUCAUCCUGUUUAGAUACAGUGUAUGCUUUAAUACACAUUGGGACCAUGGCCCAUUGCUUAUGAAAAACCCCUUUGCAUUCCUCAAUGUGUUGGCAAAUGCAGUCAAUAAAGCAGUGUUUUCUGUGUA